UAAUAACCAUUGGUGUGGUCAAUUUUUUUUUACAUUGGUAUAUUAUGAGAGACAUUUAAUUGAAAUAGUGGAGUUUUUUGGGAUUGGGCACAUUACUUUGGACAUAAAUUCAGGAAAAGGUCUUCAAAGAACAUGUCCAUAUUUAUUUCUCUGUCCUCAGACACUCUGUGAAUAUACACUGUCUUGCUCUUCCUUCUUUCUCUGUCUUCCUUCCACACUUUCUCUCUCUACCUUCCACACUUUCUCUCUCCAUAUAUCUGGUAAACGUGUGUAAAUAAGCUUUUUGGAGUGAAAAUUUAUUUUCUUUUGCAUUUACUUCAAAAAAAUGAUCAAUUUAAAGUCAUUAUUAUAAGUAAUAAAUUAUCAAUAAAAACAGGAGAUUUUUCUUUGAAAUUGAGAUUUGGGUCAGAAGAAAAAUUGGCAAAGUUCAGAAGUUUCAGAGCAAAGGCGGCUAAGGAGUUAAUUAGGUGAUGUGGUGUGAUAGUGAGAUGGGUUUUGAGGGGACAUGAUAUUUAUUGCAUCCAUUUGUAAAAAAGCUUGCAGAUUCAUAGAGUAAUUAAUUGUUGAAUAUAAGGAGAAAUUGGGCUAAAUAUGAGCUGGGUUUUUGCUGUUUUUUCUCUUUUAUUACCUGGGUUGAAGUAAAGUUCUUAUUUUGCUUUGCCUUGUACAAAAAGGUUUUAGAGCGAGAAAGGAAGGUGGGUUAGUCUUCUUUUAGGGGAAAAGUUUGUGGGUUUUUGUUGGUUCUUUACCCUACUUCUUGGUUUGCUGAUAUGUUUAAGAGUUUUCAUUUUGAUUGGAGAUUUUUAUGGGAAAAACUAUUCAUUAAUUUCAAGAAUUUCUAAAAGUUGAAUUGUAAUCUUGGCAUUACAUAAGGGAAGAAGAUGAAGUUCAUGAAACUUGGUUCCAAGCCUGAUACUUUUCAGUCAGAUGGUUCCUCUAUUAGAUAUGUUUCUUCAGACCUCGCCUCUGAUGUUGCUGUAAACGUGGGUGAAGUGAAAUUCUACCUUCACAAGUUUCCUCUACUGUCAAAGAGCAGCCGUCUGCAAAAGCUCAUUCUGAAAGCUGAUGAAGAAAAAUGCGAUGAAAUUCAUUUGCCUGAGUUUCCUGGUGGUCCAAAAGCUUUUGAUAUUUGUGCCAAGUUCUGCUAUGGGAUGACUGUUACUCUUAAUGCAUAUAAUGUCGUUGUCGCUCGUUGUGCUGCUGAGUACCUCGGAAUGACUGAGGACAUUGAUCGAGGAAAUCUCAUUUAUAAGAUAGAAGUGUUUCUCAAUUCCAGUAUUUUCCGCACUUGGAAAGAUUCAAUUAUCGUCCUUCAAACCACUAAAUCGCUAUUACAGUGGUCUGAAGAUCUUAAGAUUGUCGGUAGAUGCAUAGACUCCAUUGCAUCCAAGACAUCUGUGAACCCUUCAAAAAUAACAUGGUCGUACACACAUAAUAGAAAACUGGCUAUGCAAGACAAAAUAUCGGAGCAUGAGAAUAUCGAGUCAGUUCCUAAAGAUUGGUGGGUUGAGGAUAUAUGUGAAUUAGAUAUCAACAUGUACAAGCGAGUUAUGAUUGCUAUUAAAUCAAAUGGAAGAAUGGAUGGUUCUGUGAUCGGGGAAGCUCUAAAAUUCUAUGCCAUUAGAUGGCUUCCGGAUUCUGUUGACGCCUUAGUUUCUGAGGAUCAUAUUCAAAGAAACAAAUUGUUGGUUGAAACAAUCAUAUGUUUAUUACCCCCUGAUAGAUCCUUGGGAUGUUCCUGUAGCUUCUUGCUCAAGCUAUUAAAAGUCGCAGUUCUAGUUGAAGCAGAUGAUUCAGCAACAGAAGAGUUGGUGAGAAAAAUCAGUUUGAAGUUCGAUCAGGCGUCGGUGAAGGACCUGUUAAUCCCGGCAAGGUCUCCUAAAACUACUACUUAUGAUGUUGAACUCAUUAUAGGCAUUGUUAAAAAAUUUAUACUCGAGGAGAAAAGUUGCUGGGAUAUACCUGUUUACGACUACAGUGAGAAGGAGCCUGAAUUAAGUGCAGACCGUGAAUCUUGGAUAAAUGUUGGCGGACUCAUAGAUUCAUAUCUUACAGAAAUUGCUUCUGAUCCAAAUUUGACUCCAUCAAGCUUCAUUGAAUUGGCGAGAUUGAUACCUGAAUCAGCUAGACCCAUCCACGAUGGAUUGUAUAGAGCUGUUGAUACGUACUUAAAGGGACAUCCGGACUUGACUAAAUCGGAAAAGAAGCAAAUAUGCGGGCUCAUGGAUGUUAAGAAGUUCACAAUGGAUGCAUCAAUGCAUGCAGCACAAAACGAGCGGCUUCCACUUCGAGUGGUUGUACAAGUUUUGUACUUUGAGCAGAUGAGGUCAGGCAGUACAACGCAUACCCUUACUAGAACUUCCAACAAUACUUCAUCUUCCACGCCUAAUGAUGAAGAAGAAUGGGACCAAAGAACCUUAGAUAGCUGCAAAUCACUAAGGAAACAGAUAGAAAAAGUGAAGAUCAAGGAACCCGAAACGAUCCCAAAAAAUGGGAAAUCAAUGGCCAAGAAAAACAGUAGUAGGAACAGUCAGAGUGGUGCUCAGUUGCUUCCUUCUCGAUCUAGGAGGAUAUUCGAUAAGUUAUGGGGUACGGGAAAGGGUAACAACGAGAGCAAGAGCUCAGAGACGAGUGGGAGUUCUCAGUCACCGACUACUUCAUUGGUUCGGGGUGACACCAAGUCUUCCGGAUCAAGCUCAAGGAACAGAAGGCAUUCUAUCUCUUGAAACAAGCAUUAGAAGGUGGAUAUAUUAAGGGGAUUUGGUGAUAGUGAACUACUAGUGUAAGUAAAAGAUGUUCUAGGAUUAGGCUCUUAAUUCCUUGGGUACUUGGUCGAUGAUGUAAUCUAUGUCACUCUGACUUUUCUAGGUGUUAAAGUCUCGUGUUAUAGAGUGUCGUGUUGUAGAGUGUCGGACACGCAAAAAUACUCGUAUUAAAGAAAUACUAGAUAAUGUUAUUGGGCUAUCUAAACGAGCUCGACUCAGGUGUCCGACGGUCGACACACAAGGUAAGUGAAGUAUUGGAGCAUCAAGAGUAAUAUAAUGUUCAUAAAAAGCAAGGAAGUUGAUGUGAUGUAUCCAGCAAAAAAUGCCCUGAAAACUGAAAAUUGUAAACAAUUCCUUUUGUAUGCUGCCAUCAAUUUGGUUUGUUAUUUAUUUACUUUAUUUCUCUAA